CCGGAAGUAAGAAAGUCUUGCGUUAGCCAGGCGACGGUUCGUGUAGAAUUGACAAACUCGCCAUUUUCAGAUAGGUAUCUUGAUUAUACAUCAAUGGCUGCAACAGACAACGUGAGAACAACGUGACAUUCAAGAGAUCUUUUUCCGUCGACCUUAGGCAGUGACAGCGAUACAAAGAUGCAAUUCUCCCCAAACAACGGAGACUUUACGUUCGUAUCUUCGACAGAAGCUGAGGAACUCAGCGGUACCAUCACUACGCCAGAUGUUAAGGUAAACAUGGGCGGUGACAGUGGCAAAGGCCCCUAUGCUACCACCUUCCUGAGGCAACGAGGCUAUGGCUGGCUGCUGGAAGUGGAAGAGGAGGAUGGUGAAGAAAUCAAACCUCUUCUGGAAGAGUUGGACAUCGACUUGAAAGACAUCUACUACAAGAUCCGGUGUGUGCUGAUGCCAAUGCCAUCGCUGGGCUACAACCGGCAGGUGGUCAGAGACAACCCAGACUUCUGGGGCCCUUUGGCCGUGGUGCUUCUUUUCUCCAUGAUCUCCAUCUAUGGACAGUUUAGGGUGGUUUCAUGGAUUAUCACCAUCUGGAUAUUUGGCUCACUUACCAUCUUCCUGUUGGCCCGUGUUCUUGGUGGCGAGGUUUCGUACGGCCAGGUUCUUGGAGUGAUCGGAUAUUCGCUUCUUCCUCUCAUCGUCGUUGCUCCGAUGCUGACGGUGAUCAGGUCGUUCGAUGUUGUCUCUACGUUGAUCAAACUGUUCGGAGUGUUCUGGGCUGCCUACAGCGCUGCUUCACUGCUGGUGGGAGAUGAAUUCAAAACCAAGAAGCCCCUUCUCAUAUAUCCCAUUUUCCUUUUGUAUAUUUACUUCUUCUCUCUAUAUACUGGAGUCUGACCUGGUCAGUUGGAUCUAUGGACCUUCUAAUGGACACUAACCCUGGGAUAUGGAGAAAAAAAAAUCAGACUAUGGAACAGGGAUUUUUUUUUUAAGUCUUUUUAUUAACUGGGGUAAAUUCCUAAUAAUGGUUGUACUGGGGAUAUUUAUGACUGUAUAUAUAGAUUCGUCCUUCUUUUCUUUGGUAAAUGAAACACUACCCGUGUUCAUAAAGCUUCAACUUUGGUAUGCUGACGUCUCGCUCAUCGCUGUCCCGCCUUGUUUGUAUUUACAAAUGGAAAUAAAUCUUCAUAUCAGUGUAAUGAUUUAUCUCUUACUGCAGUUAGAUUAAAUGCCAAAUAUUAGUGUUUUAGAAAUGGAGAUUGAAAGACAUUAAACAAAUAUUCUUUAUUGUUUAUAUUGUAAU